CUGGAGGGAGGGACUUCCCAUUCUUUUAAAUCCAGCUGCCAGAUCCCCAGACUUAGAGCUGGAAAGAAGGCAAGAUGAAGAGCUCCCACUGCUUUCCAGCUGUGUUCCUCCUCUUCACAGCUGCCCAGCUGAGCUGUAGCCUAAAUGAUGAAGAAAAGCAAACGGUGGUAGAACUUCACAACCUCUAUCGCUCCCAGGUUUCCCCACCUGCGACCAACAUGAAGAAUAUGAAAUGGGAUGAGGACCUGGCUGCCUUUGCCAAAGCCUACGCCAGCAAGUGCGUGUGGGGCCACAACAAGGAUCGAGGCCGCCGGGGAGAGAACCUUUUCGCCAUCACAGAAGGGGAGAUGGACCUGCAGCUGGCUGUGGAGCAAUGGUACAAUGAGCACGAGCACUACAGCCUCAGCAAUGCUACCUGUGCAGAAGGACAGAUGUGUGGCCACUAUACCCAGGUGGUCUGGGCAAAAACAGAGAGGAUUGGCUGCGGCUCUCAGUUCUGUGAGAAGCUUGAGGGAGUGACGGAGACUAAUAUUCAUGUGCUGGUCUGCAACUAUGAGCCUCCAGGAAAUGUGAAGGGCCAGAAGCCCUAUCUGGAGGGGCCACAGUGUUCCCAAUGUCAGGAGGGCUACGAGUGUAAGCACCUACUCUGUCAACCGAUCAUAAGCCCAGAGGAGGCGGGGGUCUCCCCCUUUUUACCAACUACAACCCUGACAAGCCCUAUGGCAAGUGAGACCUCGCCCAAAUUGCCCACCUCUAUGGCAAGUGAGACCUCGCCCAACUUGGCGACUGAGGUUCCUUCUUCUUUGGCAACCCAAACUUCAACCUCCCUGAGUGAGGGGACCUCCCUCUCCCCUAGGCUAAGUAUUGAAGCCACCCUGAAAUCAUCAGAAAUAGAGGCCAGCAAGACCGAGCCAGACAGAGACGAGCCCACCCAAGACAGACCUCAAGAGUUGCUUCCUUCCUCCUCCUCCUCCUCCUCCUCUUCUGAGACUCUGGCUACCACUUUCUUGGCUAAAGGUGAGCCAGAAGAGGUUCCAGGCACUGUGUGGCCAAUAAAGCACAGCUCCAACAGUGUCCCCCCUGACUUCCCCCAAACUGGUGGGGCCAAUGCCAUCGGGGGACGCACCCUGGCCCUGCAGUCUUUGGAAGAUGAGGUGACAGAUAUCUGGAAUGCCUCCAGUCGUUCUGAGUUUUCUUACUUUGGGCUACUCAGCUGCCUAGUCCUGAGAUACUUCUUCUGAGCGAGUCAUCCUUUGUACAGUCCCACGCCCAUACUCAAGUGUACAUUUAUGCAACCAAAAGGCUUUGUCUUCCCCCUGGCAGGAGAGCAGAUGACUGGAUGGAAGAAUGGAUGCCCUGAUAUGGGUCUGGACAUACUCUGGAUCUACCACCAAGGAAUGUAGGGUCCUACAUGUCCACUGAUGUGUUCACACUGCCCCUCUCUUCAGCUGUAUCCCUUCCUUGCACACAUAACCCUUCAGGAGGCUCUACAAGGAGGUUUCCCCAAGGCCCCAACAGUAGUAUAUGGAGGCCAUGAAACAAGUACAUGCUCUAAGAACCACUGAAUUCUCUUAAUGGAAGUGACCUCAAGUCGUCAUCUCCUUCACCUUUAAAAAUACAGACUUAGUACAUGUCCAGGGGAGGUGCCAUGUCACCAAGAGCUCUGCUGCUGCCAGAAUGGCUAUGACUCUUCCUGCCCUGCAAGGCCCUCCAGAGAUCAGAGAUUUGCCCAGACCCUUUGUGCCCUUCCCUCUGCCCCUUUUUCAUCCGGGGGUUCUCAGAGAGGUGAUGUUUGCUUCUCUAGAAUGAAGAUGGAUCUAUCUGGUGAAUGUUCUACCAUAUACCCAAUGAGGCAAGACCUCAGUGUCUUUGCCAAACCCAAAAGGAAUGGGAGAUUCGGGGCAGAGAGCUGGGGGAGUGGGGUCGAGUUAUUUGGGUCCAUUAAGGUUUUCAGACUCCUGGUUACCUAUAAGUAUUGAUCCUGAUGACAACUCCUCAGCCUGAUUCUACCCAGAUAUAUUUCUGGUGUGUGAUGCUGCAGGGAUCUCUCCCUCAUCUUUUGGAAUGAGAAUUAUGUUAAGAUGAAGGACAAGCUUCUCCCGGAGCCACAGAAUUGGCAGGGACUCUGGAGAAAGCAGUCUCAAAGUCCUGAAUAAAGUUUGGUCUGAAAUAA